CGCUCUUCCACGAUCGCGUUAGUACGCUAGCUUUGUGUCUGCGAAACUUGCAGAUUCUCAUACAACACACGUUCACUUCUAAGUGGAAGAGUAAUUGAGUGUUUAAGUAGUUGCAUUACUGGGGAGUGGCUCUCCUUGCAAGGCACAUGAUUGUGUGACAAACUUUGGCUCUUGCGAAGGAGUCUUCGUGCCAGCCAAGAGCACUGCCUCUCAGCGUAACGGAUACGCUCUUUUGACUCUCCAACGUCAUACAACAAUUGAGUCAAAAACACAACCAUUAGACAUGCCGAGCACUGGCAACUUCAACGUCAAGCACCUCGGAUACGAUGAGAUUUUCGAAAGACCCGACAUCUUUGUCAAUCCGGGCUUGCUAAACACGCUUCCUAGAAGCGCACAGAUUGAUCCUGAUCUCAUCGCAUUACACCACGCGUUUCCGGAAUCUAUGACUACACCAUUAAUAGAGCUCCCAGAGCUAGCUGCCGAAUUAGGCAUCGGUUACGUCUUCGUCAAGGAUGAAAGUCUCCGUUUCGGUCUCCCAUCGUUCAAGAUACUCGGCGCGUCCUGGGGAGUGUUCAAGGCCGUUUGCGAGAAGACUGGUCUCCCAUCGUCUGUAUCGCUUGGAGAAGCUGGACGUGCUGCUCAAAAGGCUGGUAUCAGUCUAGUCACUUGCACCGAUGGCAACUGGGGAAGGGCCGUGUCGCGUACUGCGAAGUAUUUGGGUAUUAAUGCUACGAUAUUCGUGCCCAAGACUAUGGACGAGGCAACCAGAGCCAAACUACGUAGUGAGGGUGCCACCGUCAAUGUGGUUAACGGUAGCUACGAUGACAGUAUUGCUGCUGCUAUCAAUGAAACACAAGGCUCAGACGCCACUCUAGUGAUGGAUACUAGCUGGGAAGGGUAUUCUCAAGUGCCAAAGUGGGUCGUCGACGGUUAUGCUACCAUGCAUGUAGAGGUAGAUCGUCAACUUCAAGAAGCUUGCGGGAAGCGACCAUCGCUUUGUAUCGCCUCUGUUGGUGUCGGUUCUUGGGCUCAAUCGGUUGUGACCCAUUACGCAGGUGACAACUCGGCGACCAAUGUCGUCACGGUCGAGUCAGAAGCAGCGCCCUGCCUUUUAGAAAGUCUCCAUGUAGGAGAAAUCGUUUCGGUCGAAACGAGUACAACCAUCAUGGACGGUAUGAACUGCGGCACGGUCUCGACCAAUUGCUGGCCAUCGCUCAAGUCAGGUGUCUAUGCUUCGGUAAUUGUCAAUGAUAUCGACUCACACCAAAGUGUUGUCUAUCUUAACGACCACGGCGUCAACGCAGGUCCGUGUGGAGCAGCUCCUCUGGCAGCUCUGAGGAAACUUCAUAAGCAAGGCUUAUUUCCACUGGACUCAGAUGCUGUAGUCGUUCUGUUUAGUACUGAAGGACACAGAGAUUAUAUCAUACCUGUAACAGAGGCUUAAAUCAUCUCCCAUCCGUUCAAGCAAUGUAAGGCCUUGGGUUCAGAUAUAGGGAGGUCUGGUCUCAGAAUUUUCUCGAUUGUUGUUGGAACAGCGACACAAUUGUCCACCUGGAGUAGUUUGUAAGUGACGUACGG